AUGCAGAAUUUGUUGCUAUUUGUGGAUUCCUACCAAGAAGAUAGGGAUAAGUUUUUGGUCGAGGGCUGGAAGAAUAGAUUGCAAGAAACAUCCGAGCAAUUCCAGUCUGUUCGCCUGAAGUUGGAGUUAAUUGACGAGGAUGAAGAUGAUGAGGAACGUGAAGCAGCGAAUCGUAAGAUCCGCGAUAAUUUCGAGAAAGGUUACGUGAAGGUUCUUGGCUUUCUGGCAGCUGCUGAGCGAAGGGCAAAUCCGCCAUUCCAUUCGGUCGUUCAAGCUGUGGCUUCUGGUUCCGGAAACCCAAACUCUGUCCAAUCCAGAAUCAAGUUACCUGAGGUCAAACUUCCUUCGUUUGAUGGUACUAUAACUGAUUGGCUACCGUUCAGAGACUUAUUCAAAAGUCUUAUAGAUUCCAACCCGAAUUUGUCCGACGUUGACAAAAUGUCCUACCUGGUAGGCUCGUUAACAAAGGAAGCCAAACGUAUUGUGGAGGCAAUCGAAAUAACUGCUGCAAAUUACUCGGUUGCCUGGGACCUAAUCCAAAAACGAUUUGACAAUAAGAAGCUCGUAGUCAAAACGUAUUUGGAUGCGCUGUUUUCCAUCGAUCCAGUCAAACGAGAAUGCUACGAUUCUCUCGUGCGACUAAUAGACGAUUUUGAACGGAAUCUCAAAAUGGUACACAAAAUGGGAAUUGACACUGAUAGUUGGGGUGUAAUAUUGGCUUACAUGGUUUACACUCGCUUGGAUUCUGCCACACUCAAACAAUGGGAGAACCACCAUAAGUCAACUGAUGUUCCAGAAUACAAAGACCUACUCCAGUUCCUGAGGAGCCAUGCUACGGUACUCCAGUCUAUCGCACCGUUGAAGUCUCGAUCUUGCGAUCCCCCUCCAACAGCUCGCUUACAGAAACCAAAGUUUAGCAACAUCCAUUCCGUCGUAAAUGCUCCAUCGAAGCCAUGUCCGUUCUGCAAGCAAGUAUCGCACUCCGUCUUCAAAUGUGACGUGUUCCGCAACGCGUCCGUAGCAGAAAGGUAUGAGCUAGUGAAGAAGAAAGGACUUUGCCUCAACUGUCUCUCGCCUGAUCACCAGAUAAAAAACUGUUCUUCCACUGCAUGUCGUGUUUGUGGGCAAAGGCACCACACAAUGCUACACCAGCAAGCAAACAAUCGCUAUCCCAACCAAUCGCAAGCUCCGAAACAAAUCACAGUCCACCCAAUUCCGAACAAACUCAGAACACGGAACGCUAGAAGCCUUCAAAACACUUCAUACCUGCCUCCAGUGCCAGCCACUCCAGUAGUCUCACUUUCUGCCGCUACCCCAUCGCUCAGCCACUGUUUCACCUCCUUGGUCGCCGACAUUCGGUCAACGGUGCUACUGCAAACAGCUCUAGUCAAGGUCGUUGAUUCUAGCGGUAACGUACUGUGGGCCAGAGCUCUUCUAGACCCAGCCUCACAGCUGAAUGUUAUCUUCGAACGGUUGGUUCAGCGAUUACAUACACGGAAGACCAAGGACCACCAUAGUAUCGGGGGCAUAGGAGGUUUCAUAACAACAGCAAACCAUUCCGUCUUCCUCAGAAUUCACUCCCACUGCACUGAUUUCAGUGCAGAUUUGAAGUUUUUCGUCCUGGGUGAAAUAACUCGUGAUCUGCCUUCUAACAACGUCGAUCUUUCCACAUGGCAAUGGCCAUCCGAUUUAGAACUCGCCGAUCCUAAAUUCCACGAGCCAGCCUCCGUAGAUAUGAUCAUCGGAAUGGAAAUGUACUACGAUCUACUUCUGGAUGGUUUCGUUAAGCUGAUUCAAGGCCUGUGCUCCAGAAUGCCACUCUGGGUUGGGUUGUUUCCGGUAGAGUUGGUCUACGCCAACCUCCAAAUCUAA